CAAGGUUCAAAUGCGUCUUCUAUCAUUGAUUACGUAUAUUACUGUAAUAGAUUGCAGACGAAUAUAGAGAGCGUUGAACAGACGUUUGUUUCUCGUUCUUGGACAAAUCAUUCUCUGCUAGUUGUUAACUUUAACUUGAACAAAGAAAGCACUAGAGGCCCAGGUGCAUGGAAGGCAAAUCCAAACUUAGCGAAAAAGAAAGAGUUUAGGCAACAAUUAGCUGCUUUCUUGGAUACGCUA